AUGUUGCGAGGCAGGGGGCUGCCGCUGAGGCACUUCCAGCAGCAGAAACUGUGCCAGCCCCAGCAGAAGCCGCAGGGCCUGCUGCACCCAGUACCUCUCAGGCAGAUGUUCCUGGCCCAUCCUCGCAACCCCCAGCAGCUCCACAGCGACGGCAGCCUGUGGGCUAUGACAUUCCUGGCCCACUGGGGACAGAGCCCCCUGCUCCUGGGAAAGCCGAAGGGCAAGCAGGCCGCAGCGCCUGAGGAGGAGGCUGGCCCAUCCUCGCCGGCUGCAGCGGAGAGAUCCAGCAGAGCUGUGCCAGCUGCAGUUGGCGUAGAGGACCGCACAUUGGUGAUACUGCCCGAUCAGCAGCGGCAAGAUGCAGAUGGAGAAGCAGCAGCACCUGCAGGCAAAGGGAGGAAAGGGAGGGCCAGGAAAGCAGUGGCGGCAACGGCCCCCUUGGAUGUAUCGACCAUGUCCUUGAAGAGCAUCAUCAAGUGCGCGUACGCAAAGGAGCGAGCCCGGCUGGACGAGGAGAAGCGGAAAAAGGAAGAGGAGGAGAAGCUGACGCAGGAGGCCGGCGGCUCGCAGGUACCGGUGGCGGCGGCUGCGCCGGUGGCAGCUUCACCGCAGCCGAGCGCGGCCGGCCUGGCGCCGCGAGUGGAGGUGGUGGACGGCCGGAUGCGCAUCGUGGAGCAGAGCCUGUCCAUCCAGGCGCAGCCGGAGGCUGCCGGCCGGCUCAUCACUGUAGAAGACAACCCGAAGCUCAACAACCUGACGUACGCCAGGCGCAUGAACAACGAGCGCUGGAGCGCUGAGGACACUGAGCUCUUCUACAAGGCGCUGCGACUGUUUGGCACGGACUUCACGCUGAUAGAGCGCAUGUUCCCGGGACGCCAGCGCAAGGCGCUCAAGAACAAGCUACAGCGCGAGUAUCGCGCCGAUUUUGCGCGGGUCGACUCCGCGCUGUCCGGGGGCGGCGCCGCAUCCCAGGAGUCCCUCAAGGAGGUUGUCGCCCUGCUCAAGCAGCACACAGAGGAUCAGGAGAACACGGGUGUGGUGGACGGCAGCGGGGAGGAGCAGCGGCCUGACCUGACAGCAGCGCUGCUGGGACGGUCUCAAGCAGACGACGCUGAAGCCGCAGAGGCCGAUGCUGGCGCAGAGAAUGACGACGUGCUUGCCCUGCCUGCGCCGCCCGUCCAGAAUGGUGGAACGCAGCGCGCCAGGACAAAGGCAUCGCAGCGAAGGCCGAAGCAGCCGGCCACAGAGACACACCCAGAGGCAAGCGCCGCGCCGGGGGAGCCAGCAUCCGCCGCUGCAGAAGUGGCCAUUGCUGCGCCGCCAGUGGCGCCACAGGUGGCGGAUGGGGACGGCCCUGCGAGCGCACCACCGCGGAGGAAGGUGCUGCCGCGUGUGCCUGCGCGAGGCAGGAAGAGGCCCGAAGCAUCAGCGCCAGCUGCAGGGGAUGGGUCAAAUGGAGAGGAGGCUGUGGCUGCAGAUGGCAGUGCAGUGAUCCAUGAGGCCAGGCCAAGAUUAACACGACAGCGUGCUGCUGCUGGAGCGAGUUCUGUAGAGUGA